AUGAUGCAAUAACAUAGAAAAUUAAUCAAAACAGUGGAGGUGACAGAUUCUACUUAUGUCAGGGUUCCAGUAAUAGCUUAAAGUGAAGAGCCUUUUAACACAAAAUGCAAACCAAUUAUAUUAGAAUAGCCUCAAUAAUCAGUUUUUGUGAAUUAUGUAAAAGAGAAAUUAGAUAAAUUAAAAUAUUAUCUAUAACCUCCUCAUAAAAUAUAUUUCAUAAAACAUGGAGGACAUAAUAAUGAAAAUGAUAAAUGUCCACUUAAUAAUUAAUUUUAAUAGAAUUAAAAUGUAAGCAAUAAGAGAACAAUUCAUUUAAUUUCUAAAGAUACUUAAAAUAUUCUACCUUUAGUAAAUCCUUCGGGAAAUAUUAAUUAAUUGCAUUUUCAAGAGAAACUAAAUUUAAAGGCUUUUCAGAAGGGAGUAUAAAAGCAUUGUCAAACUUAUAAACACGGUGAUACUCAAUUCGAUUAAUUAAAACCAAAACUUGAAUAUGAAAGAAAAGAGUAGAUGAAAAGGGAAAGUAAACCUAAGCUGAAGUGUAAAUGCCAAUAAUGUGAUAUAGUCUUAGAUCAAAGUAAUGAAAAUGAAAUAGUUAUGUAAUUAAAAUAGUUUUAAUUAUAAACAAAAGUAGGAAAUGAGAUGGUCUCAAGAAAAACUAUUCAUUAUGAAAAAGAUCUUUUUAAAUUAGAAUCAUUGAAGGAAGAGGGAAGAAUAAAGAAGUUUGAGUUCUAGGAAACUUUUCCAAAAAUCAAAUUAAAUUAAAAUAUUGGCAAAUGGGAAUAGAAAAUGUUCGAAAAAACAGGUCAAUAUUGGACUAGUUCUAUGAUUGAUGGAUACGGUAAUUAUUUAUCUGGGUUGGAUGAAAGAUAUUACUUUUCAUUGUCAUCAGCAGAAAGAGAAUAAUACCCACGACUCUUUAUUUUUACUUCUGACUUUUUAACCAAUUGUAAUUUGGAAUCUCCACCUCUCAAAGAAAAAUGGUUAUUAUUAAUACUUGAGAAACUAGAAUUGUUUAAAACUAUUCAAUAUCAAUUUUGGCUUAUCUAUCAAAAAAUUGCAUUUAUUGUAAAUAAAAAUAACUCACAUUGGUAUAUGCUUACUUUGGAUUUAAAAGAAAGAUUCAUGGUUAUUUAUGAUUCCUUAAGUGGAAGUUCCCAACAUUAUCAUAAGGUUAGAGCUUUAUUGUCAUAUGUAUUUUAUGAGCUUCAGAAGAACCAAUUAAAGAACAUUAAGGAAGACUAAUAUGAAUUCAAAAUGUAUUUUAAACCAAAAUUUUAAAGUUAAAAUGAUUCAUAUUCUUGUGGCUAUCAUACUUGUAUUGCCCUAGAAUAUUUUAGUAAUACACAUAGAGUAAAGGAUUUUAAGGAAAAGAAGGACAUUAAAAGUGAUUUGAAAGACAUUUUUUAUUACGAAUAAUUAUGA